GGCCCCGGCGCGGCGCCCAGGGUGGCGGUUGUUUCAAGAUGGCGGACGCGGAGGUUCCCUCCCGCCCCGGCGCAGCUGCGUUCUGGAGCCGCGACUUUUCUGAUGAAGAACAAUCAAUAGUGUAUGUUCCAGGAAUUUCUACAGAAGGAAAUACCAGAUCAAGACACAAGUUGAUGAGUCCAAAAGCUGAUGUUAAACUUAAGACAUCGAGGGUGACUGCUAAUUCCGUCUCCAUGGAGUGUUUAAAAGGUACAGGAGAUUCAGUGGAUGAACAGAAUUCCUGCAGUAAAAGAAUAAGGAGUGCAUCACUGAAGGAUUUAUGUCUUGAAGACAAAAAACGCAUUGCAAAUUUAAUUAAAGAACUGGCCAGAGUAAGUGAGGAAAAGGAAGUGACAGAAGAACGACUCAAAGCUGAGCAGGAAUCAUUUGAGAAGAAAAUAAGGCAGUUGGAAGAACAGAAUGAACUAAUCAUCAAAGAAAGGGAAACUCUUCAGCUACAGUAUAGAGAAUGCCAAGAACUUCUAAGCCUCUACCAGAAAUAUCUAUCAGAGCAGCAAGAGAAACUCACCAUGUCUCUCUCAGAACUUGGUGCUGCUAGAAUACAGGAACAACAGGCAUCCAAUCGGAAAAGCACUCUGCAGUCUUCAUCAGUAGAACUGGAUGGUUCCUACUUAAGUGUAGAAGCUAAACCACAAACCUACUAUCAAACCAAGCAGAGACCUAAGUCUGCAAACCAGGAUUCAGUUUCAGAAUCCCUUGUGGAGUUUAAGAAUAAUUCUUUGAAACCAGCAGCCCUUCAUUAUACCAAAGAGGAUCUAGACACAAUUCUGUCAGAGACCAGAGCAUGUAAUUUUGGAUCCCCAGGGAAAAAAUUAGUAGAUGCAGUCCCUACAGGGAAAGCCCCACCAGAGGAAAUGAAGAUGAAGGAAUGCCAACACAUGAAGCCUACUCUGUCUAGUCACUGUUGUGGUCAUAGACUUUCUGAAAAUGCAGAUCAUGUUCAUGAGUGCCAUCCUGUAAACAUGGCCCCUCAAUAUUCCAGGACAUACCCAGAAUCAUGCAGUUAUUGUGGGCUUUCCUGGGCGUCUCUGAUGCAUGGUCAGGGGAAACUGCAGUCUAGUGAAACUGAGGUCAAAAAGCAGCUCUCAGAAGAAAGAAAGCAUCAGCUUAUGCUUCAGAAAAUGGGGCUCGAAAUUGAAAAGGAGCGCCUUCAGCAUCUGCUGGCCCAGCAGGAGACAAAGCUUCUCCUAAAACAGCAGCAGCUUCAUCAGUCUCGACUAGAUUACAAUUGUUUAUUGAAGUCAAAAUGUGAUGGCUGGGUGCCUGGAACAUCAUCAUCUAUCAAAAAGUAUAAAGAGUCCAUUAAUAGUGGAGAGAAUCGAAGAGAGAAGAAGACAGUAGGGUUUCAGUCGCGUAUGGAAGAAGAUACCCCGUGGGCAUGUCAAAAGAAAGAUACAUAUCAACCCCAAAGAGGUACAAUGACAAGAAUUAGAAAAGAUGCGUCUACAUCUCCUCUGACAACAGGAAGCCAAAAGGAGCUUGGAAUCACAACCACAUCAUCCUUCCCACUUGACACCUCUCGGUAUGAGACAUCUCUGUUGGAUUUGGUUCAAUCUCUGAGCCCAAAGUCAGCCCCCAAACCUCAGCCCCAUCCCUCCAGAGAAGCUGAGGUCUGGAGCCACAGAGCUGAACGACUAAGUCCCCUAAAAUCAACAUGGAACAAGGUGGGGGCAGGCAGGACCCCCGAAGACCUGGAGGAAAAUCAAAUUCUGGAAGAUAUCUUUUUCAUUUGACACUGAAGCACAUGCUACAAAAUUUCCAACAGAAAUAUGUGGGUUUCUUUAUGUACUGACCUAGGAUUUUAAAUUAUUUGAUUGCAAAGUAAUUGUGUCUGUCCUUUUACAGGGACCUAUCUCUCUACAUGCUGUUAUGAAUUGAAUAUGUAUUUUUAAUCAGACCAAUUGGUAGAUAACAUAUUAAGGAGGGAUGGGGUGGAAGGCAGUAUCUUUUCUAUAUUCAUGCAGAGAUUAGAAAACUAAUAUAGGACACUUUAUGCAUGCAGAGGCCUUUCCAUAUAUUUAGCCUCAUUUCAAGUGUGUUUCCUUCUCAAUAUUUUGCUCAACAAGGUUGGCUGUCUUUUGUAAACAAGGAAAACUUUUUCACUGAAAGAAUCUCUUAUUUAAAAGUAGCCCCUUUGAAACAUAUGCAGUUUCAAAAAAGACCCUGUUACCUCUCCAUCUUUCAUCACCUACUUCUAUCUAACUGUUGUCAUUUUCUUCUGAAGUUGGAUUUGGCAGUUGCCCAUCCCUUAAUGAAAAGGGCACAAUUGGCUAGAGGGAGGGACCCAACCAGCAGUUGGAAACCUGGCAUUAAAUCACACAACAGAGUGACUUCCCCAGGGAAAUCUGGUGGAGGCACAAGCCUGAAAUGUUUUUCCUACAUUCUCCCAUUUCCCAGGAUAAAUAAGAGCAAUCUCUCAGUAUUUUUUUAUUGACCCAAUUGUCUAUUUUAUUCACCCCUGUGAACUUGCCAUGCCUAUGUCUAGGGAAUAUGCUACCAGAGGGGGAGCAGCAACAGCCGCAGCAGGCCAACAGGCUUUCCCUGGCCUCCCUCUCACUCCACGAGGAUCAAAGCCCCUCAGUUAACCACGCCUUCAUGUGCUCUGCUCAGGGCCGUGUCCCAUGGCCCCACAGAAUCAUUUCUACCUGCCAGACUAUGCUCUACCAGCCCAAGCAGUCUCCCCGCUUUCCCACUGGGCCUCACUUUACCCAGCGAGAGCCUGUAGAAGACGUUCACGUGAGACCUCAUUCAGUGCCCUCCCAUUCAGCAGAGCUCCUGAGAUGGGUCCCUCUGCCCACAGUGGGCUCCAGUGGCCUCCAGAUGAUGGGCAGUGCGGUGAGCCUAGCAGACCUGGUGAGUUUAAAACUUUCCAUUCACUAGAAGCAAAGGAGUGUGUGUUGCUCAAUGACUUUAGUUGACCUGGAGAGUGUUGCUUUUUUUUUCUCUCUCUCCUUUUCACCAAACCCAGGCUUGAACUGGGACCAAGACACUUUGUCAGUCAGAAUUGGUAGCCAAGGUCAGCCUACCCAGGGCAGCCUGCACUUAAUGAGCCUGCCUAGCUUCCCUGAAUCCUUCAUUGAAAGUAGGUUAUUUCAGCCUACAAAAGCCUUGUUGAGCAGCUUCCUUAUUAGGAUAGAUCUCGCAUUGUCUCUUCAGACCGAGACCAUGUCACUUCCAUCCAACCUUCCUUCACUCAGGUCUUUUUGUUCUUUGGAGGAGAGAAGAAUGGACCCUACCAAUACCAUAUCCUUCAUCUGAGGGAAUCUGAGGUCAGGACUAACUAGUUGUAGUCAUUUACUUAAAAAAUUGAAAAAUCAUUACAGAUUACAAAAUCCUUUUAAAAUUCACUCUUGUGAGAGUAACUGAAUCAGUUUCAUCCCAUUUCAGAAAGCUUUUUGGAAAAUGGAACUUUCUUUGGUGUGGCAAAAAUGGGUGGAGCACACUGAAAACCCUCAGCCAUUUUCUCAAUUAAAGUUAGAUUUCCAGAACUAUCUUUUCCUUUCCCCGUGUGUCAUGACCACCUUGAGUUCACCCAGCUCCGCUGGAUCAGCCACAACCACACCCUCCCAUCCUGGACACCAAAGCUUUUAUGGUUCUUCAGAAUAAGAGAAUACCAGAAGGACCAAGAAAAGGAUUAUGAUUGCUUUAAGAAACUUAUUUGCCUUUAGAAGACUCGUAAACAAGAUCUAAACUAAAAGCUUUUGGGGGGUCACAUGCCAUAAAAUGGAGUUUAACUGCUUCUUCUCCUCCCCUUGCAUGAGCAGUUUAGAAGAACAAAGAUGGAUUUUCAUCAGAGCGUCAAUCAACAUAUUUUUCAUAGAUCACAUUCCCCCAGCAGUUGCCUUUAUCCUCUAGGCAUUUCUUAAGCGUCAGCCCAAUAGGAUGUCAAUUUGUAUCUAAUCUAAUGUCUUCACUAUGAAUCAAACAGUAUGUAUGUAUUAAUAUUUUAAUCUUUGUCUUACUUUGAGACAGAUCUGUGUGAAAAAGUUGUUUUAGAGUCUCAAGGCUGUUGUAGCAUCUAGAGGCUUGCCCUGAUUGCAGACUGUCCUGCCAAGGGAGGGUCUGGCACAAAGCAAUCCACCUUUCCUCCCUGUUAAGUGUUCCCAGCAGUGACUGGUUGGGAUUUGCUCAUCUGGCCUCCGGCUGCUUCCCCAAAGCAAGACCCAUAUUGGGAGUGCUCCUAAGCCCUGCGCUCCAUCUUAUUCAGUUCCUAUGAGAUGGGGCCUCUUCUCAUACUUCUUCAAAAUCAUUUCAUUAUGUGGGUUUUUCUUGAAAACCACCUCAUAUCCUUUAUGGAAUGAGGCCAGGCAUACAUGUAUGCACAACAUUGCCCACCUGCUACCCACCAUUCCGUGACAGAAAAACUAAUCAAUGUUUGCAAAAUGGGAAAGGACGAAGAAUGUCAGUUGAAGCUCCCUAAGUAGGGCCCAAAGUACUCGAUUUAGAAAAACAAAGUUAAUCAAGAAAAGCAUUUACCUAGAGUCACCCUUCCAGGAGGGACAGUGUGUUUAUCAAAACCUGACCCCCACGGUGAAGACUCAUCUGGAGAACCCCAAAUGUAAUGGGGAAGGAGAGGCUCUCUCUGCCUUCAGGGCCACACUUGUCACUUUGCCUUCUUCCAGCACCAUGGUUCAAACAAGAGAUUUGCUGGCCAGAGAGUCUGGGAAGAGGCAGGUCUAAAAGAGCAGAGCUGAGUGAAGUCUGCAGUCAUGAGGGAAGUGGAAGUGACAGCCGCCCAGUUCAUGCUUUAUCCUCACCACCGUGUGCAUUAUUUUUAAUGUGAGCACCUGUUUAUAUAUGUAUGAGAUUUUAAGUUAAUAAAUUGUCUCAUGGUUAUUUUCC